AAAAAGCAAUCGAGCCCACGGCGAUUUCUUAGAAAAUAUUUGGUCACUGGAAAUGUUUUGAUCCACAGUAACUGUCAUUUCGAAGGGAAUUUUGGUUAGAUCGUUGGACGCUUGAGGCUAUUAGCAGACGGAAUUUCAAGCAGACGAGAACGUACCCAAAAUUUUCUCCCGCCGAGUUAACGAACCUCGGUCAUCGGCAACUUUCACCCGCACGCACUGCGUUGAAAUAAUUCCAAAGUCCUUGUUAUUUUCUCGUACCAGUUUCACCAGUUGAGAUCAGGACAAAUGUGGGCUUUGGCGUGAUUAGGUCAUCUUUUUGCAGUCGCCUCACUAUGCGUUGAUCAGACAAACAACUACAAACAUUUUUGAGAUAUUUUCACCGAAUUAACGUCCCACCUUUUCGCGACUGAUUGGAAAGGAUACAAUGACCACCGGAGGUAUGCUUACUGGAAGCCAUGGAUGCUUAGUUGGGAUUUCGAAACCAACCAUGUUUACUGGGGCUUCGGCCAUGUUUUUACUGAUCUAUCUCGCAUUGUGGAAGUACCAUGACAGCACCAACCCUCUUUUAGCUAGUGCCUCAAGUUUACCUGGUGAUGAGUCAAGACUAUUACCUGGUGCUCACAGCCCACGUGACUUUUUGGAGCAAGUUAUGUCUUGUGAUCUGGACGAACCAGAAAAGGAAAAUGUGAUGCUGAUAAAAAAUGAGUCAAUGCCCAUCAUCUAUUUUGUCACACCCACAUAUGCUCGGUCUGUACAAAUGGCAGAAUUAACUAGACUAGGUCAAACAUUGAGCAGUGUUCCAGCUUUGCAUUGGAUAUUAGUUGAAGAUGCUUCAAAAUGCAAUCCUAUGGUCGGACAACUUUUAAGGAGAUUAGGAAUUCCAUUCACACACUUGGCAAGUGAAAUGCCAGCUGCCUACAAGAAGCUCAAAAUUCCGCCAAGAGGCGUCUCUAAUCGCAGAGCUGCCUUAAAAUGGAUUCGUAAAAACGUCAAACAAGGUGUAUUAUAUUUCGGUGAUGAUGACAACUCCUACGACCUUCGGUUGUUUGAAGAGAUCAGAGAUACCCGAAAUAUCUCCAUGUUUCCUGUUGGAUUGAUUGGCGAUUAUGCUGUCAGCGCCCCUGUGGUUCAUGAUGGGAAAGUGGUAGGAUUUUACGAUUCGUGGCCAGCUGGUCGCCGAUUCGCUGUUGACAUGGCUGGGUUUGCGGUUAACAUUCAGUUGCUGCACCAAUUUCCCAAUGCCACCUUCAUUUAUCAAGCUGGCUUCGAGGAGGAUAGCUUUUUACAAGAUAUAGUCACGAACGCUGAUUUUAUCGAAGCAAAAGCAGCCAACUGUACCGAGAUUCUAGUUUGGCAUACUCGCACCGUGCAAGUGCCUGCGGUGAUUUUACAGCCACCCACCCAAACUCUAACAGACACUUCCAUAUCGGGAUUGCUUCGUAGAUUAGAUGACUUGCAAUUAGCUACCAUCUCUUCCAAGGGCAAACCGAGCUCUGUGCAUUAUCUGACAGAUGUCUGACUUUUCACAUCUUUUAAGUAAAAAAAAAAAAAAAAAAAUCUGUGUUUACUCAGUGCCAUUCGGAAGGAAAAUGAGAUAGGAUAAUUAACGAGACUGCGCUCUAUUGAAAAAUUUUAUGAUGUGCGAGACCAAGAGAAAUUUAUAUAAUUGCAUUUUUUUUGUUGUCAUGUGUAGUUUUUAAAAUGGGAAAGUUUGGAUUUUCUUGUGUCCCUUAUACUCAUUCAUGAAUUCCACCUGUGAUAGUUUAUAAUAUCUUCUGAAUCUUCUAUUGCAAUUUGAUCUUCCUAAUGGCGUAGUUGAAACUAUAACUUGGCCCCCUUUUACUGCUAAUGCAAAGAGCAAACGAAUUUGAAAUACAUUAAUAUUACGGAGUGAAUCAAAACAUUGCAAAUUGUGGUUUGCCAAUUCUCCCAUGUUCGCCUUCUUUUUACAUAGUGUAUUUCGUCACAUCGAAAAAGAAAACUACGGUACUGCGCAAUGUCUUUACCAAUUAGUCUACUGGUGAAUUACAAAUUAAAUGCGCUCCAAAUGCCGUCAAAAUACAAUGUCAACCUUCAAAAGGAAAUAACACGAAACGAAAUGACCCACAUAAAAAAUCAAAUGCAAAUCUCCCGUUCUAGUGAUGCGGAUACUAUUUUAAUAAAUUAAACUAAAAAAAAAGGUUUUCCGUGAGAACAACAAUAAGAAAAAUUUUUUUAUAUGUAACUAGAUGCUGCUUAAAAAACGUAAAACGUGUAACUUCUUCGAAGAAUCAUGGUUGUUCAUGCUCCAUUCCCGAUUCAAAUGUCGUCAUACCAAGCUUCUUUUAAUUUGUUAAUUAGUUAACUGAGAGUUAACCAGUUAAGGAAAGACACGCGAUAUAAUUUAGUAAUAUCAGAAAUAGUCGUCUUCCUGCGUUUUAGAACGUUCUCUUGUAGAGAAGGCGUUAGAAACUUGAGUAAAAUGCAGGGACCCGCAGAUCAGUAUUGUAUUUUACCCUAGUUUCCGACCCGCACUUUUUUUAUAGAACUUCAUUGUUUACUUUGUCGUCGACUGAUUCCCAUUAGGAAAUCCUCCCGCCUCUGUGCCUAUACUGCCUAAGAUGUUUCAAUGGAAACCAAGUUUCCCACAAAAGCCAAGCCCUCCAACCAUCGAGCAACAGAGUGAAGACAUGAAUAAAUGUAUCAACAACUUGGAUGCGGUUAGAAUGCAAUACAUGCAAGAUAGUGAAUGUUCAGCAAAUGCUGAAACAAAUACAUGUUUCCAGAAUCUAGGAGACCUUCUGGUAUACAAGAGGAACAUUGAUAAUAGUAUCCAAGAUUUGAACAACAUGUUUCCAAGACUGAUAAAUAUUUCCCAACAAUUACAAGACAUGUCUGAUAAUGUGAGGCUCAAGGCUUACCAAUCAAUAAAAUAGGGUCAAAUAGAG